ACUUGGUGACGAGCUGGAAGUAGGUAUGUAAUGUUGGCAAAAGUCAGCUGUGUAAGGUCAAGUAGUAGCAUGCGAAGCCAAAAGGCUGCCUGCCUCUGCCUGCAUGUGCAUGCUGGUCAACUCAACUCAACUAAACUCAAUGGUAGUACUACGGAAAAUCAAUCUUUUUUUUUUUUUUUUGACAACACGGAAAAAUUAACCCACACCACAUGCUAGCUUUUCUCCAUUAUUGCUUCAUUAAUUGCAUUCUCCUGCAUAUAUUAUUAUUAUUAUUAUUAUUAUUAUUAUUAUUAUUAUUAUUAUUAUUAUAUGAUAAAAAACGAGAACAUCAAGAAAGAUCCAGAGCUUCCUUUCCCACAGUAGGUAGUGCAACAAAAUAGUGAAGAAAAGCUUCAUCUAGUUAGUUAGUUAAUGUCAUGCCAAUUGCCAACCCGGCCAUACAUAUAGCUCUCUGUACUGUAGUGACCAAACUAUUAUUUGGUGCCGAUUUCUUGCCCAGAUACAUAGCCAACAACACUUGAUGUCUAUAUAACUUGAGAUGGAUUAGAGAGUUGUUCAAAUGCGCGCGGCCCAUCACUGUUCAAUAUCCACCUCUUACCUAUAACUACGUACGGCCCAUCAACAUGAACCAGGCUUGGGUUUCAAUUCAUCUCUUUCUCUCUCACACACACUGGAUCCAAGGUGCUGAAUCCGGUUUGGCCCACAUCCAUCCAUCCAUCGUUAUACAAGGAAGGAGUGGAUUCUUCUCCAGGAAUUUGGGCCCAGAAUUGAGACUACAGCUAAGACGCAGAGAUGGGUGGAUAAUGGAAGUAAACUUUGAUGCCUCGCUGGCUCUCACUGAGGCUUCUCCCUCCGCGCGUCUUCUCUUUUUGCUUGGAAAACCCAGAUUUUGUAACACAAUCAAUCAUGUCAUCAACUAUUCGUUACUCCAAGCCUUGGGAGUCUCUACCUUAAUGGAAGUGGUUUCACAUUGAUUCCACCGCUUACAAGCCAAGCCGCUCCUCUUUUUGACUUCCCCUCCAUUCUUUCCAUCGCCUUUCUCUAUUAAACAAAUACUAAACAUUGAAAGCCGACAAUGCAGUGCAAGUCCCAGUCCCUCCUCCUUAAACUUGCCAGAACCAUCCAUCAGUUCCAAUGCUCCAUAAAUUAUUACUAUUCAAAUCAUCAUCCUUUUUUUUUUCCAUAGCUAUUCAAAUCAUCUUCCUUAAUAAAAGCCUUCUUCUACCACAUUAAUUUAACAACCCAUAUCAAGUUAUAAAUAGAACCGCAAGUUGCAGAAAAGGACAAACCAAGUCCCACAAGCCAUAUAUUCCACAACCGAAUUUCUGUUUACUCAAAACAAAGAAACAAAAGCUGCCAUUAGAUUACUCAAUCUUCAUACUUUGAUUCUUCUUUUUUCUGAAGAUCAAUCCUCCGACUUUGAUGUCAGGUUUCAUUGUUUUUAAUGGUGGUAUUCAUGAUACUAUAGAUUAAUUAUUUAGUCUGCUUCUGAUUUAUUGAUCUUGAAAUUUGCUUGUUUACUUCUAAAUCUAAUGACUGUGCAGAGACAGAGGGGUGCCAUGGUGGUGGGGUAUGCGAAUUCCUUACCCUUCUUUUUCCUUGAAAGGCUACUUUACCCCACUUUAUUUUGUAAUUUUGCAUCUGAUAGUUAUGUAACUAUUAUUUAUGAUGUAUUCACAUUUAUGAUUUAUCUACUCAAUCUUGGUUCCUGUCCACUGUCCAGCUGAGCUGAGAGAGAAAAGAAAAGGGUAAUGGAAAAGCAAAACUUUGAGGGGAGUGAUUGUUGGACUUCUUGGGAGAAUCGUCAAUCAAGCAAACCCCUGUUGCCCUUUCAGCUGCCUCUGCCCUCUUUCUCUGCAAAACCCCUGUUUCUCUUCUAUGGCCAAGGUUUUAGAGCUCACUUCAAUUCCGUGGAGACUUUCCAACUUCCUCUUUCUUCAUCUUUCUCUCACUUGCAUUCUCGACUGCUUCUUUCCAGCUCACUCUGCCUUUCUGCAGUUUUUUGUUAGGGUUUAAAGAGCUGCUGCACUAAAAGGGACUAGCUUUGGAAUCCGACGCUCGUUGGAACAGGUGAUUUUGGUUGGAUUCUUCUUUUCUCAUCUGGGUUUCCUUCGACGUUGCUGGUAUCAGAGUUUCUUUCAUAUGUUAGCAUUGCGCUUUGGAAGAAAGUUUCUAUUUUUGGGGGUAACCCCAUAGUCUGAACUUGGGGAAGGUUUGAAGCCUAGAUUGAGCUACACAUGGGAGUUUAAGCGAUGUAUGAUUUGUUUGCUAAUGUUAAUCGAUUACUUCUAUUGGUGAUGUUACUGUAUACUUAAGGCACUGAGUUGGCACUUGGCUGACUUACUUGAGGCUGCAGAUCUUGUCUGCUUGUUUUUUCUUCUGUUUCUGUUUGCAUUUUGUAUGAACUUGAAGUAAAGCUUGCUGUAUUAAACUGCCUCUUGUUGGCCUACUGAAACUGUAAGAGUAGAGAAAAACAAUAUAUGUGCAGAUUGCCUGAAUGAAUUACAUGGGCUGUUCUCCUUGGAACUCGCAAAAGUACUAUCCUAUAACAUUUCUGCAUUUUGCCCUUGGUCUCUCUUGCAGCCUCCUUUCAAGGCAGCGCAUGCUUGAUUCAGCUACCCAAGUUUAACUUACCGCUAAGGCUUAAGCUUAAUAAGGAGUAAAGCUUCAAACUUUAUCCAUUUUUCGAUCGGAUGGUGCUUGCAAAAUGGUCCGGAAGCCUUCUGUUACUCCUUAUCACCAUCUUCACCAAUGCAUAUGGUGCGUUCGUUGGAGUAAACAUAGGAACUAGUCUUUCCAACUUCCCGCCAGAGGCAGACGUGGUCUCCCUUCUCAAAUCCAAAGGAAUAACACAUGUGCGCCUAUAUGAUGCUGAUCCGCACAUGUUGAGAGCCCUCUCAGACUCUGGGAUCGAAGUCAUGGUCGGAGUACUCAACGAAGAAGUCCUAGGAAUUGGUGAAUCUCCAUCAGCAGCUGCCUCGUGGAUCAACCGGAACGUAGCAGCCUACUUGCCCUCGACCAACAUUACUGCCAUAGCAGUUGGUAGUGAGGUUCUCACUUCCAUCCCCAACGUAGCUCCUGUCUUAAUGCCCGCUAUGCAGUACCUUCACAAGGCACUCGUUGCUUCAAACUUGAACUCUCGUGUAAAGAUCUCAACCCCUCAAUCUAUGGAUAUCAUUCCCAAGCCAUUUCCACCUUCCACCGCCACCUUCAACUCUUCAUGGAACAACACAAUAUAUCAGCUCCUUCAGUUUCUGAAGAAUACAGACUCUUACUACAUGUUGAAUGCUUAUCCUUACUAUGGAUACACUUCUGGGAAUGGCAUCUUUCCUCUUGAGUAUGCUUUGUUCCAGGAGCUUUCCCCAGUGAAGCAGAUAGUUGACCCGAACACCUUGUUCCACUAUGACAGCAUGUUCGAUUCCAUGGUAGAUGCUGCUUACUACGCAAUGGAUGAUUUUGGUAUGUCUGGUGUUCCAGUUGUUGUGACAGAGACUGGCUGGCCUUGGCUUGGCUGGGCGAAGGAGCCUGAUGCCACCCCCGAGAAUGCGCAGAAGUAUGUUAGUAGUCUUAUCAGGCGUGUUCAGAAUGAUUCUGGUCCGCCGAGUCAUUUGAGCAUUCCAAUCAACACUUACAUAUAUGAGCUGUUUAAUGAGGACAAGAGACCAGGGCCGGUAUCCGAGAGGAGCUGGGGCUUGUUUUUUCCAAAUGGUACGGCUGCUUAUGCUCUUAGUUUGGAUGGUUCGGAAGAGCUCGUGACUGGGAAUUCCUCCUCGGCGGCUACGUUUUGUGUUGCUAAGCCAAAUGCUGACCCAGAUAAGCUGAAAUCGGGACUCGACUGGGCUUGUGGGCAAGGUGGAGCUAAUUGUGCACCUGUUCAACAAGGGAGACCGUGUUUCCAACCUGAUAGCUUUCAGAACCAUGCUUCAUUUGCAUAUAAUGAUUAUUAUCAGAAGAUGCAUGGUGCUGGUGCGACAUGUGAUUUCGAUGGUACUGCUACAACAACUACUAUUGAUCCCAGUUACGGAUCUUGUGUCUUCACCGGAAGUUCAAAUUCGAGCACAGGAGGAGGGGGGAUGUUUCCACCCACGGCUUUUGGACCCGUUAGUCCCCAGCUUGGAGGGAGCUCGAAGUUGGCAGUGACAAGAACACGCGUUUUGACAUCAGCAGCAGUUCUUGGGUUGUUGUUCUCAGUUUGAGUCCAUUCCUUGCAAAGUAUUUUUUGCAGCAUUGGUCGAGAGACUGAAUGCUGGGUUUGUCAGACAACAAGCCCAUUAGAUUGUGAGACAUUUUGGUUCAAUUUGUUUCAAAUGUAUUUGUUGUUGACAAUUGGUAGGGAACUUCUCAUCUUAUAGUAAAUAGUUCCGUUUGGCCUGUUGGUUGGCUGGUUUCGACUUCUGUAUUAUGGUAGUGGUGGAAAGAAUGUCCCUCUUGAUAGGACCGAACAGUUGUAGUUUCGAUCCGAACUUUUUUUUGUAUCGAAUCUAUUCAAUUCCCAGAGAAAGAAAAUAGAGAAAUAAACAUAUAUAACGAAAGUCACUCACAAGGGCUUGAAGUUUGCACAAGUCUGAAGACAAGAAUAUUAUGUGCUUAACAAAUGGGGGUCACCGAGAAUCGAACACAAGACCUCUUGGUCACAGAAGGCUCUGAUACCAUGUCAAGAACCAGUUGCUCCCAAUAACUCGAAUUGUUGGGA